CAAAAAGAACCCCAUUAUUUCUUUUCAGCACGAACACACAUCACAUGUGCACUUGCCAUUGCCAUCACAGCAGCUAGCAAGCAAGCAGCUCACAGCUCACUCACACUCUCUCGAGGCGGCGGCGGCGGCGGCGCCAUCAUCGUCAUGAGGUUCAUCGGCAAGGAGAAGCACCACAAGCGGGAGCACCACCUCCGGCGGUGCUGCGGCGGGCUGGCGGCUUGCAUCCUGGCGCUGGUCCUCGUCGUCGGCUUCGUGGCGCUCGUCGUCUACCUCGCGCUGCGGCCGUCCAAGCCGUCCUUCUACCUGCAGGACCUGCAGCUCCGGUCCAUCGACCUCGGCGACCCGUCCCUGUCCGCCACCGCGCAGGUCACCCUCGCCGCCCGAAACCCGAACGACCACGUCGGCGUCCACUACAGGCGCCUCGACGUCUUCGUCACCUACCGCGACGAGCCCGUCACCGUGCCGGUCUCGCUCCCGCCCACGUACCAGGGCCACCGCGACGUCACCAUCUGGUCGCCCGUCCUCUCCGGCCAGUCCGUCCCCGUCGCCCGCUACGUCGCCGACGCCAUGAGGCAGGACAUCGCCGCCGGGUACGUCGCGAUGCAGGUCAAGGUCGACGGCCGCGUCAAGUGGAAGGUCGGCAGCUGGGUCUCCGGCAGCUACCACCUCUUCGUCAGCUGCCCCGCCAUGCUCGCCUCCGCCGGCCCCAUGCCACUCGGUGGCGCCGCCGCCGCCGCCGCCAUGAUGAACGGCACCGCCGCCGCCGGCACCGUCGCGUCGCUCAAGUUCACGCAGCCGACAGGGUGCAGCGUCGAGGUGUGACGCAACGCAAGCUGUAGCCGUCGUACGUGACAGAUUAAGCUGUUAAUUUUUUUUGGCUCCACGUAGCUCAUGCAUAUGUAUGCAUGUGAGAGAAUAAUAAGCUUAAUUAAUUACGUCCAUAUAUGAUACAUAUACCAUUGCCACAACUUGUUUUAUUCGUAUAAAGUGAUAUAAUUCAUUGCUGUACUUUUAGAGAAUUAUUGUUAAUUAAUAUAUAUAGUAUGUUCGCGUUAUAGAGAGUGUGUCACUCAUUUG